AUGGAGCAGCAAAUUAAGCUUUUCGUAGGAGGACUGUCACACGGCACUAACGAACAAACCCUAAGAGAUUACUUUAGUAAAUAUGGAGAGAUCAGAAGUUCCGAGACCAUUAGAGACCGAAUCACUGGUUUGGACAGAGGUUUUGGUUUUAUCGCGUUCACAGACAACUCUGUUGUUGAACAUGUCUUGAGUGAUACCCAUGUCAUCCUCGGAAAAAAGGUGGAAGUGAAGGUGGCUAAACCCAAGGGUUCGAGAGAAGGGGAAACUCGUGUUAAGAAGAUUUUUGUAGGGGGUGUACCGCCAGACUCCACAGACGAGGAAUUGAAGGAACACUUUGAGAAAUUUGGUACUGUGGAACAUGCCGAGAUUAGACGUCCGAGGGGGUUUGGGUUUGUCACCUUUGAAUCCGAGGAAGCUGCGAAAACUGCAUUGAGAAUACGUUUUCAGCAUAUGAAGAAUAAGAUGGUGGAGGUCAAGGUUGCAGAGGUUAAGCCAAAAGUUGGCCUCAGUAAUGGUAUGACGAAUUCCCUCCCCUUAACUUGUGGUGGUAACAUGACUUUCCCAAUUUUCCCUACUACUACUAACUACCCUUAUGGUAACCCGUACUCAGUAAACUAUGUUCCUUAUUAUAUCCCAGUGCCUACCAGUGAAUUUUGUUAUAAUAGUUAUUUUCCUGGCUACUAUAAUGGUGGGAAUUGGCAACAUUUAAAUAACCCUAACCCACUUCUUGUUACCGGACCACCCCUUGCCAAUAGUCAACCUGUUGUUAUCGGACCACCCCUUGCCAAUAGCCAACCUGUUGCUAUCGGACCACCUCCUAGCCGACCUAUUGUCAUCCGACCACCUCCUAGUCGACCUGUUGUCAUCCGACCACCCCCUCUAAAAGUAGAAGAACAAAAUGGCAAUAUGGCUGAGGAAAUUGAUGAAAUACAAGAUGAAAUUGAUGGCGAAAGCGUUACUAAUGGUGAAGUGCAAACCCAAGAUGAAAUUGAUGGGGAACUUCUUGCCAAGGUUGCUGUAAGCGCGGGUGAUUCAUUUUAA